GUCCUAUAGUGGGGUUUCACUUGCUCUCUGCAGCGGACACGGAUGGGAUGCAGUGCUCUCUCCCUCUAUCUUUAUCUCCCGCCUCUCUCUCUUUAUGUCCUUCGUGUUAUCGUCUUCUUCUAUCUGGGGGCCAGUGUGAGGCCAUUUUACGUUUUGGAAGGAAGUUUUCCGAAGGAGAGCACCCAAAGGCUAAUUUAUGUGGAACACACUCUCUCAUGGGACUCCUUUUAAAAAUUAAAGGCAGCGACACUCGCCUUUUGUCAUUGGGGAAAAACACCUGUAAGCCAGAAGAAAAGGGUCACUGAGCUCAGAGUCUUUUUCCACUGAUACCCAUAUUGAGACAUUGUACCCACACCUACAGGCAUACACACAUACUCCCAUUAACGAACCUAGAGACUGGCCCUCGGAGCAGAAUGAGGGAAUCCUGGAGGUGCCUGCUGGGCCUGUGCCUCCUGGCAUGCUCAGCUUCCAUUCACAGUGCCACCAAUCCCUUUGCUGGGCAGCAGACUCCUCUAGACCCUUGUUACGAUGACACAGGAGCUGCCCGCCGCUGUAUACCCGAGUUUAUCAAUGCUGCCUUUGGCAAGGAAGUGGCAGUGUCCAGCGUCUGUGGUCGACCACCAUCCCGUUCCUGCAGUGUGGUGGAGAGAGGUGAAGACCGGCCUUCUGUGCGCACGUGCCAAAUCUGCGAUGCCGCUGACCCUCGGCGCACCCACCCUGCUUCCUACCUCACCGACCUCAACUCGGCCCACAAUCUGACCUGCUGGCAGUCAGAGAAUCUGAACACCUCUCCGUACAAUGUGACUCUCACCCUUUCACUGGGUAAGAAGUUUGAGAUCACCUAUGUCAGUUUACAGUUCUGUUCACCUCGACCGGAAUCGCUGGCGAUAUACAAGAGCAUGGACUAUGGGAAGACCUGGACGCCCUACCAGUUUUACUCCUCACAGUGCCGGCGUAUGUACAAUCGCCCCAACAAAGCAGCCAUAAACAAGCAAAACGAGCAGGAGGCCCUGUGCACAGAUGGUCACAAUGACCUCUACCCCCUUUCCGGAGGGCUCAUUGCUUUCAGCACCCUGGAUGGACGGCCAUCAGGAAAAGAUUUUGACAACAGUCCUGUCCUCCAGGACUGGGUGACUGUCACUGACAUUCGUGUGGUUUUUAGCCGGCCACAGCUACCCAGGGAACUGGGACUAGGGACACCUGGAAGCAACAGUGGGGGUAGAGAUGAUGACCCCAUGGCAGUGACAUCAACACUGCCAACUUAUUUCUACGCAGUAGGAGACUUCCAGGUGGGAGGGAGGUGUAAGUGUAAUGGACAUGCCUCACGCUGUCUGAAAGAUAAAGAAGGUAAACUGGUAUGCGACUGCAAACACAACACAGAAGGACCCGAGUGUGACCGCUGCAAACCCUUUCACUAUGAUCGACCAUGGCAGAGGGCCAACGCUCGUGAAGCCAAUGAGUGUCUGCCGUGCAACUGCAACCUCCACGCCCGCCGUUGCCGCUUCAACAUGGAACUAUACAAACUGUCUGGCAGGAAGAGCGGAGGAGUGUGCAUGAACUGUCGCCACAACACUGCCGGCCGCCAUUGCCACUACUGCAAAGAGGGUUUCUACAGAGACAUGGCGAGACCCAUCACUCACCGCCGGGCCUGCAAAGCCUGUGACUGCCAUCCUGUGGGUGCAGCAGGCAAGACGUGCAACCAGACCACAGGACAAUGCCCCUGCAAGGACGGUGUCACCGGCAUCACCUGCAACCGCUGUGCCAAAGGCUACCAACAGAGCCGAUCACCUGUAGCCCCUUGCAUCAAAAUCCCAGUGGUCAGCCCCACAGCUGUGGUGAGCAGCACAGAGGAACCAGCAGAUUGUGAGUCCUACUGUAAACCAGUGAAGGGAAAUCUGAAGAUUAAUAUGAAAAAAUACUGCAAGAAGGAUUACGCGGUCCAGGUGAACGUGUUGGAUAUGGAGACAGUUGGGGACUGGGCCAAGUUUUCCGUAAACCUGGUGUCUGUGUACAAGAGCCGUGGCGAGCCUUUAAAGCGCGGCAACAACAUCCUGUGGGUACACAUGAAGGAUCUAGCCUGCAAAUGUCCCAAGAUCCAAAUGAGCAAACGCUUCCUGGUGAUGGGCGGCAGCGAGGCUGGAACCGGCCCGGGUGUUACAGGUGGAGCUGGCAGUCCGGGAGCAGAACGUGUGGGCCUGCUGGCUGAUAAGAACAGCCUGGUGAUCCAGUGGAGAGACAUUUGGACGAGACGCCUGAAGAAGUUCCAACGCAAAGAGAAGAAGGGGAAGUGCAGCAAAGCGUGAUGGGAAAGCAAGUGCCCCUUCACCAGCCUUCCCGACCACCUGACCCAGUGAUCUCCUCUUGUGACUUCAGAUGUCUGGCAGGAAGGAACACCUUGUCUUUCCCUCCCCUCUGAUUCUUUUGACUUCCCCCAUGAGGGGGCAGCUGCACAUUACAAAGACUGCAUGUACCCCCCCCCCCCAUUUUAAGGACCACCUUUUGUGUAUAUUGUAUAAUUAUUUUCCUUUAUAAUUCUGCAGGUUUUGUCAGUGUAAUGACACUUGUCCUUGUGUCCAAUUGGUUUGCCUUAAAAAGGGACCAUAAAAAAAAGGUGUGAAGUGUAGACAAAAGAAGACACCGAUCCCUCCCUCGACAACGACAGCGGAAAUGUCCGCUCUUCCUCUUUCACCCCGUUGACCUCCCCAGCCUCCUCCUCCUCCUUUUUCCACAUGAGACUACCAGUGCUCAUACUUACCCGUGACUCUGAGGAUUUUAGAAUUUUGUCGCCAGCUCGGAGACAUUUCAGCACCACGCAGCUUCCCGACUGACUGUCAAAACAAACUCGGCGGGACGCGGAUUAGCACAAACUGGGCUGCAUCACUUUUGACUGGUCAUUAAAAAUCAGGCCUGCUUGUCUCCACCGUCUACGCAAUCCACUGUUGAACUCAAAAGGCUCUAUCCCCGCGAGGAAUCAAGGGCUCCCUUUGCAGGGACAUUUUCCACUGCAAACCUCACCACCGUCACCUCCGCUGCUCCUGCUGCCACAGGACAACCCGCAGAGAACAAACUGCCCAGCGUAAGCUCUUGUAUGUGCAAAUCCAGGACGCCACUGCUCGGUUAAAAGUCUUCGAGUGGCUACCUGUUACCCUCAAACCACAUCCCGUCCAAACGUAUCUCUAUAUUAGCCUUGAAGCACAACAAACCCCUGUUGGCACGUGUGAGACACAUUCCAGGCUUUGCGUCUUUACCAAGUCCUUUUCACGACAGGUUUAAAAUGUCAUGCAUCAUCAUCAUCAUGACUCAUUGCGUGUCACUUUUUAUGGAAGAAAGAUUAAGGAGAGUGGACAACUGGCUGGAAUAUCAGAACAAUAUCAAUAUUUCCAAAAAAGACUUUGUUUCUAUGUGGAUAAUCUCUUCCACUGGGUGGAGAGCCAAUGGAAGCCACAGAAAUGGCCGCUUGUCAUGUCUGAACACUUUUGCAGCGUGCCUAGCGACCGGCAGGCUUUUGUUUGCCAAAUGCGAGAGAUUGAAACAAGAUUUUUUUUUUCUUUGAUGCAGUAAACAGAAAACAAAGCUACGUAAACAUGAUCGUUUUCUGUGAUAUAUUUUGACGAAAAUGAAGGAGGCUGGAAAGUUUUUAGUGCUCGCUGAUUGUAUUAUGAUGUGAGAAUAUCACCUUUCAGGCCUCAUGUGAUUUGUUGUGUUUGCAUGUUUGCGGUUUUUUGCUUGGCCAUUGUUAUUUUUCUUUUCUUUUUCUUUUUUCUCCCUUUGCUAAGCAAAAUGGUGCAGUGAGCAGAGCAAGAACUAAACCAAGAUGAGCAUCAAGAUCCAAAGGAAAACUUCCCAAGUCAUCUAACCCCCCCACUACCACCCUCCACUGCUCCCCGAGCCGAACGCAGCCUCUGUCAUCCUUUGCCAAAUAAGCAAAGUUGUUUUUUAAAUUCAAUUAAAAGACGAUGGAAGUCGGGACCAACAAAAACCACAGAGACCCGUCUGGUUACUCUCGAGCUUUUUAUCUGCCCCUUUGCUGUUAUUUUAUUUUGUAAAGCACAUUAGAGUGUAUUUGAAUAGAGGAGAAGAUAAACAUGGCCUUUCGAGGGGUACGUAGCGCCGCAGCGAGAGUGCCGACAGGCAUGUCAUGCUAGCUGGUGGUUACGCUCCUUUGGCUGCAGCGGCAUGUUUGGUUUGUCAUUCUGCCAAAAGUGUCUCUCCUCCACUGUCUGUCAGCCGCCACCCUCCCUUCUUAACCCAUUUUGCAUGUUGUGUUUUCAGUGUCUUAGAGAAGUGACAGCACAAAACGAGGAUGCCAAGAGUCCUCAGUGGAGCACUGUUUUCACUUCCGAGAAUGUACGACAAACUGUGAACGGCGCACGCGCAUGUUCUAAUUGCGGCUGUUAAUAAAUCAACAUCAGCAUGUUUUUUGACGUGACCUGUCAUUGGGGUGAGGCGUCAUUUAAGGUUAUGCUUAUGUGUGUAAGGGGUGGGCCCUAGAAUCUGUUUUGU